AUGGGGCUUUUUCACACAUCGAUUGCAAAUAGCCAGCAACUUAACAACUGGGCCGAAGACGAAGUUGGAGCCACUUUUUCUCCAGGGCUCUCAAUUAGAAACUCUGCUUUUGGUGGAUACGGUCUUUUUUUCGAUUCUCAUCACAUUCCAAAGCAACAAAACUGGAAUGGGGAAAUAUUGAGGAUACCGGCUGGCUCUGUGCUCAGCUUGGAAACAUGUAGGGCGAUAAUGCGGUCUUGCAAGCAGGAAAAGACCCAAACUUUAACGUUUAUUCAGCAGUGUCUCAAAAGCUACUGUAGCGAGGCACAUGUAGUUUCUGAAAGUUACAUUUUGGUGGCCUACUGCGUGGCUUUUCUGGUGUUAGGGCGCCUGGGCAGGCUUAGUGACCUCCAGUCGCCUUCCGCCCGGUUUGUGGGGCGAUAUUUUGACAUUCUGAUGGAAACCAAAGUCCACAAUCUCAAUAAUGACGAUGUAAAUCUAUUGCUCGCUUAUGUGAGCGAGUUUCCGGGUAACACGCUUGUUCAGGAGGUCGUUAGAAGAUUGCAUGAUGGAGCGAGUUCACGGUUUGCGGGAUUAAUCGACGAAAAACUGUUGGAAAACAAGCAUCCCGGAAUACUUUCAGCCAAUGAGGUGAUCCAGAUCGAAACGGCGAUUAGAUCACGGGAGCUCGAGAUUCCGGACGUUUGCAGUAGCAAAGAGGGUGGGCAGGGGGCUGAUUUUAGCAUCAGUAUCAAGAUGGUACCCAUUUUGGACUUUGCAAACCACAAUAAUGACCUGGUUAACGCCUAUUUCGACAUUGACCGAUCCAACAACGACGUUUUAUUGAAGUUGGACCCGGAAAGCUUCAAACAGCAGGCUGGGCAAGUCCACGAGGUGUUUAUCAGCUACAGUCCGGUUGAGGAAGCAACUCGAUUCCUGGUGACUUACGGAUUUAUCCCACGCAACCUGGAUUCUACGCCAACUUUCGUGGAUGUUCCAUUUUGGGGCCAUUUUGCAGACCACAAAACAGAAAAUGAACGCUGGAAAGAUCCCAACGUGUUGUUUGCAGUGAGAUCAGGCGUGGAUGGGCGGAUCGACGACGUUCAAAUCUGUCUCACAGACAAAAAAGAGGUGUUGAGUUUGAUGAGACGGAUGAUGGAGAAAGAUGAUGUCACCAGGAAUUCCGAACAGGAAACUCUUUCACAAUUUGUGACGGUGGUGAGAAACGGGCUCGGGGAAUACACAGAGAGAUUGAAGAGGUACAAAACAUGGGCAGAUGCACAGAAAUUGGAAGACGGAAAAAGCAAAAACAUCUGCGAACUAGUAGAAUUUGGAAUAGUGAUGGCAGAAAAGUUUGCCACAAGGUACCAGCAGGAAACAAGGGUGGAAAAGCAGCGGAAUUACUCAGCGCUAAUUUUAGCGGCAAGGGAUGAUCACGAGGCCAAUGAAUGGGACAGUUUGAGACUCAUUCCGGACUAUAAUGAGGAAGAAGAACACAUUGAGGGGUAA